AUGGACACGGCGUACAGACUGAACGGAGAAGACAUGGCUCUGAAUAAAGUGGGCGACAUAGAGGCACAGACAGCCCCCCCUGGAAAGGUGUACCGGCGCAUCAACAUGAAUCACUACGCCACUAAGAAGACUGCGGCUCAGAGCAUGCUGGACGUGGCCCUCCUGAUGGCCAACUCGUCCCAGAUGAAGACCGUCCUCUACGUGGGGCCUAACUACCGUUUCUACGUCCCCCUCAUCGUCCUGCUGACUCUGUCCAUCAUGCUACAGGUCUCAGUGGGGCUGCUGCUCGUCUUUAUUGCAGUGAAGUACGAUCUCAACGAUGUGAGGAAACACUCCAAACUGAACAUGAUGAACAACGCAGCGACCGUGUUUGUCUUCUUCACUGUCCUCAUCAACAUCUUCAUCACAGCUCUUGGAUUUGAGGGAUAUGCUGUCAGGUCAUUAGAGUCAUCUGCCAUUUCAUUAUCAAAUCCUCAGUUUUCCAUUCAGCCCAUUGACCUCAACGUGACUGGGGGCAUGUAG